AUGGAAGGUGGAUGGGUGCAGGAUGUGUUAACAGAAGCCCCAAGUAUUACAGUUACAGCUAAGGCAAUAGCACCAGGAAAACAAAGAGUUACUGUGGAGUGGGAGUAUAUGCAAAAAGAACAUGUCAGCGGAUACAUUGUUAAUAUCUCAAGGAUCCCAGACAGCUGCCGGACACGUAACGAGUCCUACAAAUUAUCUGACACUCAAUUCCAUGUAAACCUUUCCUUGGCCUUUUAUAAGAUCUGGGUGGCUGCUGAAAAUAGUGCAGGAUUUUCACCAGCAGCCUCUGUGAUGGUUCCUGUAUCGCCUAAAACAGAAUUUAUUGGCAAGAUAUUUGCUACAGUUCAAAAGAACAAUAACAUAUUCCUUACCUGGAGUCCAGAUAUUGAAUGUGACUUUUUUAUAAUUAAUUGGGGCACUAACAGUUCAAAUAUGGAGACAAGGGCAGUAAUGGAAAAACAGGACAAUUAUUCACUAACAGGGCCAUUUGAGAAAUGGAAGAAAUAUAUAAUAACGAUUCAUCUGUAUCCGGAAAUGUGCUUCUGUGGAAGUUUUACAAGGGAAAGCACAUUUGGAAUGACCUAUAUCUAUGCAGAAGAAAGUGUUCCAAACGCAGGCCCAAGUAAUAUUACCAUCAGAAACAUUAGCAAGCAUUCUGCUGAUAUAUACUGGGAAGAAAUCCCGGAGAAAGACUGUUUCGGUUUCCUGGUGGGCUACAAAAUGUAUUAUACAGACAUGUCACAGAAUAAAACUCUUGAUGUGAUUGUGAAUUCUACCUCUGAAACAAGCUGGAAACUUACAGGACUAGCACGGGGAAAUAAAUAUGAAAUAAAGAUAUCAGGACUGACAAAGAAAGGGGAGGGGAUACUAAGUGCUCCAUAUGUGUUUCAAACACUGCUCUAUGAUGAAGGUGAAUUUCGAAUGAUUGUUGUCUUGUCGUGUCUUGGAAUAAUAAUAAUUAUCCUGCUCUCUGCCAGUGUUUGUGCUUUUGUAUUGCACAGAACAAAAAGAUGGUAUUUCCCAAAGGUUCCUAAUCCGAAACAUAGUAACAUCACCAAGAUAAAUGAAGAAAUAUCUACAAAGAGUGUACCACGGCUCCUUGCACCCCAAGACGAGCAUGACGGAGACUCGGCUCACUUUGAAGUGGUUGAAGUGUCCUCGAUGGGAGUUAGCACAUUAGAUGAAUCUGCUGAUGAGGUAGACGUAUCUUCUAUCCACGAAACACAGACACGGUUUCUGAAAACAAACUGUCAACGAAGUCCCUGUGGAAAAGAAACUCCCACUACUCAGGGCCCAGCUCCACAUGACUACACAGGCACAAAGGCUGUGUGUAAACCUGCUCAGAGGAACCCCCGCACAAUGCAUGAAAUUGGGAGACCUCAGCACAUGCCAGCAGAUGUCACAAAGAAAAAAACUGUGCUUUCCUUCUCGGAUUAUAUCAGGGAAAACCAAAGCAUGAACUAGAGAGCGAAUACGUUCCCAUAGCUUCCAUGCAAGCACAAUGUUCCUAAUUGCGUUAAUGUACAUAGAAAAUGUAAUGACGCCAAUAAACAUCCACUUUCCUGGUAGAUAUAGAACACCGAGUCAGCACUAAACCUUCUGAACUCGCCCUUGGUAGCCACAUGUGUUCUGUAUCGCUGAAUACAUUUCAUUGCAUUGCAUUUAAUACAGCAGAAGCGGGUUUGAAGCAAAAAGGUACUACCGGCAAAGUAGAAAGACAACAGAGUAAUCAAUGUCUUGGUGAUUGAUCCAGUUGAAAUGAAGAGCAAAAUCAAAACUCAUAGUUCAUUCUCAAGACAGAAUAAUGCUUUGUAUGUCGCAAUGUAAUCAUACACAACAAAUAUUAGUAACAAAUUCAAUCUGUUCCCACAUUGGUUUUGGACUGUGAAUGUAUGUGUGUCAAGGUACAUGAUUAAACAGGUAACUGAAUACUGUAUUUCUGACCCGUUAUCUCCAAGUGUGGCAGAGAACACAUUUCUUUGAGGCAAAACCUAUAAUUCCCGACAGAAAACGGCAGCCACUGUUUACAUUGUACUUGCACAUUAUGUUGCAGACGGUGGAGUGAAAUGUGGGAGCACGUGGUCUAACAAAAGUACCGGUUACGCGUCAGAGCAGAUGGACAAAGUGACAAGGCCACCAGUGACGAUGCAGGAAAAAGAGUGAACCGUAUACACAAAAAAAGAGAAAAAUAGGUAGUUCAGGAAGACAAGAAAAAUGUAUCUCAACAAGUUAUGUAAGUUUAAGGGCAGGGAUUCAUAAUUACACACAUGUAGUU